AUGCUCUUUCUUGCUGAAGUUCAGUUUGAGGUGAGGUCGUACGCCCUGCGGAACCGUGGGUACAGCACAGCGGUGGCCUCAAAUUUGCCAGGAGCGGGCAUCAUCUGCUUCUCGUUACUGGUGCCUUGGUGCGAAGACUUCAAGAUAUCCUUCGUGGAGGACGUGCGUGCAAUCUCUUUCAAGUUGCGCCUGUUCCUGGUGCUGGUAAUGCUGUCUUCUCUCCUUUGGAGUGGCCGAGAAGUGUACGCCACGGUGUGUGGCCUGCAGCAGUGUGUAAGGUGGUCGAUGAGGCGAGGUGUACCUUCUUCCUGCUCAUUGAAGCGGGUCGCGACUACCAUCGCCGCUUCCGCUCUGGCUGCUCUGAUCCUCAUAGUCAUCAUGGUCACCAAAUUUAUCAGAGACGGGAAGAUUGGGUCGGUUGAUGCGCGCAUCGAAUUGCUCGCAGCAUGGAUAAUCUCCGUCAUCGGAAGCGCCCUUGCCUGUCAGAUUGCCACUCUGUGGGCACUUGGCACAGACCUUUACGUUGAUGUCCUGCACCUCGUUCAGGAUACAGCCGCCCACCCCAAACGGGCCUGUGCUCAUCGUUGGCGCGAGCUUAGGCUCCGUUUGCUCACCAUACACGAUUUGAAGGUUUGCGUGUGCGCUUCGUGCGGCGUUCCGGUAGUGGCUUUCAUCCUGGCUGAUCUGUUGGACUGCACCUUCUCGCUUUACACUAACAUGUCCCUAGCCUUCGCGUCCCGCCAGUGCGUGACGGACUCGAUUUGGGCCGUGGUCAUGGCCUUGCGUCUGGUCCUCAUCUUUGGACUGUGCCAACGGAUCAGCGAAACAUACGAAGAACUGUCCCACAUCCUAAAUGGCUUGCUGCUGAAUUCUAAGCCGGUUGCUUCAGAAGAAGAAGUGAAAGGGUGCAUUAUUCAAAUUUGCUUGGGCAACAACACCUGCACAGCUGCUGGCGUGCUUCCAAUGGACCUCAACAGCAUGAUAUCGGCCACUCUAUUCAUCAUGAGCUACUGCACUGUCCUCGUGGAGUUUGAUCGGGUUACCUGCAGUCUCAAAGAGCUGCCUAGGGAAUCUUAACGUAAACGCGAAAAAGGACAGAUUUUAGUUUUAAG